GCUGUAGGAGGUCGCAGAGGAGGCUGGGCAGGCUUGAGUGGGCUAUCGAGGCGCUCGAGCCUUCCACGUACUGAGGACUCUGUAGCAGCCAUGGGCUACCAGGCACAGGGGCCCGUCAUCCCGCCGCAGAGCAAUCUAGAUGACAGAGAAACCCUCGUUUCUGAACACAAGCACAAAGGGAAAACUUAUCGUCAGUUCACAGCUGUUUUUAAUGUUGUCAACUCCAUUAUAGGAUCUGGUAUAAUAGGAUUGCCUUAUUCAAUGAAGCAAGCUGGCUUUCCUCUGGGAAUAUUGCUUUUAUUCGGGGUUUCAUAUAUUACAGACUUUUCCCUUGUUUUAUUGAUAAAAGGAGGGGCCCUCUCUGGAACAGACACUUACCAGUCUUUGGUCAAUAAAACCUUUGGCUUUCCGGGGUAUCUCCUCCUGUCUGUUCUUCAAUUUUUUUAUCCUUUUAUAGCUAUGAUAAGUUAUAACAUAAUAACUGGAGAUACUUUGAGCAAAGUUUUCCAAAGAAUCCCAGGAGUUGACCCUGAAAACUUGCUUAUUGGUCGCCACUUCAUCAUUAUGCUCUCCACAGCUGCCUUUACUCUGCCUUUGUCCUUGUAUCGAGAUAUAGCGAAGCUUGGAAAGAUCUCUUUUCUUUCGACAGUUUUAACAGCUCUGAUUCUUGGAAUUGUAAUGACCAGGGUAGUCUCAUUGGGUCCAUACAUACCAAAAACAGAGGAUGCUUGGGUAUUUGCAAAGCCUAAUGCCAUUCAGGCUCUUGGUGUGAUGUCGUUUGCAUUUAUUUGCCACCAUAACUGCUUCUUAGUUUAUGGUUCUUUGGAAGACCCCACAGUAGCUAACUGGUCCCGCAUCAUCCAUGUGUCUACCUUGGCUUCUGUACUUACCAGUACUCUCUUUGCUACAUGUGGAUACUUGACCUUUACUGGCUUCACCCAAGGAGACUUAUUUGAAAACUAUUGCAGAAAUGAUGAUUUGGUAACAUUCGGAAGGUUCUGUUAUGGAGUCACUGUCAUUUUAACGUACCCAAUUGAAUGUUUUGUGACUAGAGAGGUAAUUGCCAAUGUGUUUUUUGGUGGGAAUCUUUCAUCGGUCCUCCACAUUAUUGUAACAGUGGUUAUCAUUACUGUAGCCAUGUUUACAUCAUUGCUGAUUGAUUGCCUUGGAAAAGUUUUAGAACUCAAUGGUGUGCUCUGUGCCGCUCCACUAAUUUUUAUCAUUCCAUCAGCAUGCUAUCUGAAACUGUCUGAAGAACCAAGGACACACUCAGAUAAGAUUAUGUCCUGUAUCAUGCUUCCUGUCGGUGUCAUGGUGAUGGUUGCUGGACUAGUCAUGGCCAUCGCAAAUCCUCAAGACUGCACCCAUGGGCGGGAAAUGUUCUACUGCUUUGCUGACAAUCUCUCCCUCACAAACAUCUCAGUUUCUCAUUUUCAACUGACAACACAACUUUCAGUUUUAAACAGCAGUACUUUUCAAUGAGUUGACUGCUUUCAAAAGUAUAUAUGUUUUGAGAGACUUGUAAACGGCAUCACAUUCACACAGGUUUUAGUCUGUAUAUUAUAAAAUUAUUAUUUUGGCAUUUAUCAAGACUUAGUUUCCUUUACUCAUUAGUCCAAUAUAAAAGAUAAUGAGGAAAAGAAAAUUGAAUGUAUUUUUUUGUUUUAUUGCUUUAUUUUAAACAAAAUUAAUAUUUUGUUUUAAUGACUGUACUGCCUUAAUCUCAGCUGCAGGAGGAAAAGUGAAGCCCUUGGCCCUUGCUGCCACCCUCUCAAAGCAUUAUUCUUUUAUUCAGUAGGUGAGCCAACAUACUGCACUCCAAAAUAAGUAGGUGAUUGUGGGUUGGAAUUUUGUGUGUAUGUAUCCUGUAUGAGAAAAAUUUUUUUGUGUCUUUUAAAGUUUAUGAAUCGAAGAGAAGGGAAACUGAAAACUAUUAAAAGGAAUAGAUAUCCCAAGAGAAAAAUGAAAGUCUCCAUUACAAUUUCAGCAGAUCCCUUGUUUAGAGGGGAGUGAAUCUCUGGAGAAGUGAGUAAAGUUCUUCCCAUGUUAAGAAGCAUGAAUAAUAGACUGUACAGAGCAAGAUGUAUGAAAAAUCAAAAUUACCUCUCAAGUUCUGAUCCUGUGGGAAUACAAUGGUAGUGCCAAUAAAUAAAUUAUAAAGCAGGGGGGGGAACCACAAGUUGUUCUCAGGCACAAGCCCAAGAGAUGGGUUAUGUGUCAGCUUUGGACCUGUUGAAUUUCAAGUACUGAUGGGAGUACACAACCGGAAGCUGAACUUUGAGACUAGAAGCUUGUAAGAAAAAUCAGGGCCCCAGAAGAAGGAUUCUCACUCCUCUGGGAUCCUCAGAGAAAUUCUCAAGAGUGCUUGUUGGCUGGAUUUUCCAGAAGCAGACGCUGAGUUGGAGUUUGGCAUGAGGGGUAUUUAUUAAGGAUCAUCACUAAUGGAAGAGAGGCAGAAAGCAGGAUCGAGAGGGCAAGAUGGAACUGCAAGGCAAGGCAGGCCAACAAAGCCUCAGCCAAGUCCACGGGAGACUGGAACAUAUGUGGCCCAUCAUAGUUGUCCCUGUUUGGGUGAAAUAGCCAAGUUUUAAUACCACUGCCUCCAUCUGUCCUUCAAUGUGGGUACCUGUGGAGGCUGAACCCUUGGCAGCUCUUUGCAGCUGAACAAACCCUAAAGGAACUGAGAACUGGAUGCUGUCUUCUGGUGGCUGGGGCACCACAUGCUUCCUUGUAGGGGAACUGGUAGGCACAGCUGUGUCCACCACAGUGGCAUUCCGUUUUUUAAUGAGGAUUUUUUAAGUAUCUUUCAUGAGGAUUUCACAUCUGAUGCUCUUUUUAAAAUAACAAGAAAAUCUGGGACCAUCUGGACAGCUACCCUACUUCAAAUCACCCCCAAUUUUCUCAACUUUUCAUUUGUAUUUCAAGUUGACAAUCGAGAGCACUGUAUUAAUUGUUGCCAAAUAGAAAAUAUCGCAAGCAGAGUUAAUACACACAUGAUGUGUUUGUACAAAUCACGGCAAAAGAAAAAAAAACCCACGGGAAGUGUAUAAAGGCUAGUUUCACCGUGGUUUGAAUAAAGAAGUGGUGAGAGCUGAGUCAUCAUGUGACUCAGUAAGACAGGCCUGUUGACAGCACAGAAAGCUGCACCUUAGGCAGAACCAUGCUAGGGCUCAGGGUGUGAUGUUUUUGCUUCAAUAAAACAUGAUCCGUGCGCCUCAGUUAGUUUAAAUUCUAUUGGCUGUAUAACUUUUCUGUAUUUAAUUUGUAGAUUUGUUUUUUUAUAGUUGUUUAAGAAUCAUAAGGUUAAGAGGUUUGUGCCUAUUUUUAGACUGAUACAUGUUUUGGUAAAAUAGUAAUAAAAAUACUUUCACUCUAUAUUGAGGGAAUGUAAGAAAUUUUUGCAGCAGUCUAUCCCUACAUUACUCAAGACUGAGAAACACUGACCUACAUAGUUAUUAGAUAAAAUCACAAGAGAUGAGAGUUCCAAGAAUGUACAAAGAGAAGCACAUCAAGGAUAAUGUAAUUUAGCCCUUAACCAUCUAUUAUCUUGUAGUUUGGGUAUUGCUUCAGAUACCAAAAGUUAAAUUAACCUUGACUGUUUGAGUAGGUUAAAAAACAAAAGAAAAAAAACUCCUGGUAGGAACCGAGUAUCACAUUAACGCCUAAUAAAUAUUUGUUCUGUUUUUUUUUUAUUCCUAAUCCACUGUAGAAUAAAACUGCCUUACAUGA